CUUUCGCCGGCAUAUCUAUUUUCCAAAUCUCCGAUCAAUGGAAGACGACGGCGGAAGACGUACCAUUCUUGGGCAAGGUGGUGAUCGUGUAAAGCUCAACGUCGGCGGUAAGCUCUUUGAAACCACAGUAUCAACACUUCGUUCCGGUGGACCAGAUUCUCUUUUAUCCGUCUUAUCGAAUCGGAAUUCCGACGACCCGGUUUUCAUCGACCGGGACCCAGAAAUCUUCUCGGCUCUUUUAGCUCUUCUCCGGUCUAAUCGUCUCCCUUCAACAGCAAAACGUUUCUCCAAUCAAGAGCUUAUCGAUGAAGCUGUUUAUUACGGAAUUGAAUCACAACUCAGAUCUGCACUCGCCCCGAGUCAACUCAGUGGAAUCGACGCGUCACUUUUCUCAACCAUUCGUCCUUCCUCUGAUGGCGUUGUAACGGACUUCAAUGCUGUAGACUCUGAUGGUUCCGUUUGGCUUGCUCACGGCGGGCAGGUUUCCGUUUAUGAUUGGAGUUUGACACAUACCGAAACUAUUAGGACACACCUUGAUUACAUCAGCUCCAUUAGGAAGGUUGGACCCGAUUUGGCUGGUGUUGCUUCUGAAUUCGAAUCCGGGCUCCAUUUUUAUAACUUGGCUAAUGGACGUAGAGUUGGCUCUGUGGAAUGGACCGACCCGUCUGACCCGAGAAUCUACAAGGCCCAAGUACACGCUGUUGUUGACUCGCCGGACUCUGUUUUUGCUGCCUUCGAGUGUCAACAUAGAGAAAAUUGUGUUCUGAGUAUUGAUAAGUCUACGAUGAAAGCGAUUUCGGAGUUGGGAAGACAAUCUGGUAAUUCGGCAAAGUCAACUGUUGUUGGAAAGUUGACAUUUUUACCGGAGAUUAAUGCGCUAGUCGGUGUUUCAGUUACUGCCGGAGCUUUUGGGUAUGCCGGUUACGUGCGGUUGUGGGACUCCAGGUCCGGAGACGUUGUGUGGGAGACGAAUGAGCCGGGUUCAGGUCGGAGCAGUCGGUUCGGGGACUCGUUUGCUGAUGUUGACUUUGACAGGGGGGAUUUGACUAUGUUCAAGAUAUGUUCAAAAUCAGGUGAUUUGGCUGUGGCAGACCUACGUAAAUUAAGUGAAGAUCCAUGGGUUUAUCUGGAAGAGAAAAAUCCAUGCAUGAGGCAUGCAGGUGGUGGAACUAGUAGCUUGAUUCACUGUUAUAGACAGCAGGUGUUUGUGGGAAGAGGAGGAGGGUUGGAAGUGUGGUCGAGAAUGGUCGAGAAGGGAAGUGACGUUGAGAGGGAAAGGGUGUUGCAUGAAGGAUUGUAUAGGAGGAAUUAUAUGGAUAAAGUGGAGGAUGCCGGAAGAGGGAUCAUAAAGAAGAUUGAGGGAGCUGGAGAUAGACUGUUUGUUACUAGAGAAGAUGCUGAGGGGAUUGAAGUGUGGCAAAGUUCUCAGUUUUCCGGUGCUGUUUUAAAUUUGUGAUCGUGUGGAGCUGUGAGCUUUGUAUGAGCUUACAUUGCCUGUUUCAUGUCCUAACAGAGAAGAGGGUUGCAAUCAAUUGAUGAUUAGAGUAAAACUACAAGCCGACCGAGCUAGUUUGAGAUUGAGCAUAUUUGUUGUAGUAUCUUUUUGAGCUGUCUGCUGCGGUUUGCAAUGGUCAUCAAUGGGAAGUUGGUCGACGGUCAGAGUAAAGUUAGAAUCCACCCCGAACUAGUUUGAGAUUGAGCAUAGUUGUUGUUGUAUAUAUUUUAGCUGUCCAACUACAGCUUGCAAUGGUCAUCAAUGAAAUGAAUUGUGUAUUUGGUGAUUUCUUUUGGAUGUCAAGUUGAUCAAUCAAGGAACAAUGUGCAAAGGUUGAUAUGACCAUGACGAAUACCUGAAAUCAGAUUCUUGUUGAUCCAUUAUGGACACGAUGUUGAUCAAUC